UCGCAACAGCGAAAUAUUUCCAGGCACGAUGUGUCCGGAGGCUAGAUGACACCGAACAUCCUCGGCCGCGGAAAUCGGAGGUCGUGGGGUGGAGGAACGGUUAACCGCGCGGGUUCGUGCGCCCGCUCGGGGCACGCCCCUUCGCGAAUCAAACUCGUCCGUCGGAUCCCCAUCCGACGCUCCCCGUCCGCGCCACGUGCGCCAUCCUCCCCCGCUGCCUGGGCCCAUAAGAAGCUCGACUAGGCAGCGCUUUCCGGAACACGUCCCUGCGAGAUCGCGUUGCUCUAUGUCGAGGGAGGCAAUGGCUGGAGCACCUGGCGGCGCCCGCCGGCGGGGCGGCAGCAGAAGGGACGCGGCGAACGGGGACGCGGCGCGGAAGGGGGCCUGGAUGGCGGAGGAGGACGAGGUGCUGCUGGAGCACGUGCGCACGCACGGGCCCCGAGAGUGGAGCUCCAUUCCAUCCAAAGGCCUCCUGCCGCGCUCCGGCAAGUCCUGCCGCCUCCGCUGGGUCAACAAGCUCAGGCCCAACCUCAAGACUGGCUGCAAGUUCUCCGCAGAGGAAGAGCGGGUGGUGCUCGAGCUGCAGGCGCAGUUCGGGAACAGGUGGGCGAGGAUCGCCACCUACUUGCCGGGCAGGACGGACAACGACGUGAAGAACUUCUGGAGCGCCCGACAGAAGCGGCUCGCCAGGCUCCUGCGCACGCCUGUCCCCGGCGGGUCCGGCAAGAACAGCAGGGCCAAGGCGCCUGCUGCCUCUUCCAUGGAGUCGCCACCCGCCGUGGGUCCCUGCCCGGAUCAAGUUCCAUACGAGGGCGGCUCCUCCAGUGGCCACCAAUGCUUAGCGGCGACACCGUUCAUAGACGCCCAGAAUGCUGCACUAGUCCUGCAUGAUCAGACAGGCUCUGGACUUCUCGGUUUCAAGGGAACGCUGGCGCCGGUCGCUCCGGCCACCGACAGCCAUGCGUGCUCGUCAAACGCAGCCCCAUUGCCACCGGAGCUGCCGUUCGAUCAGCCUCCGUACCCUCUGCUCGACUUCCCGGGGAUGCCGGAGAGCUGGGACAUGGCUCCCGGGUUCGUCAACGCCGGCGGCAUGUAUAAUCUCGCCUACCAAGAGCUGCUUCCGGUGAUGCAACCCGGUCCGAAGAUGCUCCCGUUCUUCGGUAUGGAGUUCCAGCAGGAUGGCGUCAAGGCCGAGCCUCCGGACGCGCCCGACGACUUCUUCGACGACCUCCCGCCGGACUUGUUCAGCUCUCUUGAUCAGCUGCCCCCGCCAUUGUUGCCGCCGGCGACGAAAUCUGAAUUUUGAGAUUGGACUGUUCGAUGGAGGAGUGCCUUGGUUGCCAUCAUCCUUUUUCUGGUUGUGCAUUUGGACUGCCUGUUCUGACACAGCUGACAAGUACUAGCGGCCGCUGGAAGUUGUAUCUUCGGUUGCAACCUACUAACAACCUUGCAAUGCUCAGAUUGAGCUUUGUAUUAGACAUGGAAAGUGACGAUGUUUCUAUUCUAAGUACUAGAUGCAGAAAAUAAGGUGCAUAAAUGUCUGUAUAAUUCAUCAUGGUGUAAAAUCGAUCGCUAUCAAUGCAGUACAAGAUAUCCAAGAAGAUUAGCAUGCAAGUAUAUAACAGUGUGUGUUCCAUUUGGGUCGGUGUUAUUGUACUGCUACUUCAGUUUGGAGUUCCUGAAGAA